CCUCCCACCACCUGCUUCCAGGGCUUCUUCCACUGCUGCCACCAACCUCCGUUGCACCAGUCCCAAACGUCGAUCGGCCCUGCACCCGCCUCCACUCCCAUCCCAGACGUGGCCACUGACUGACCUUGGCUUAGCACCCUGCCCUGGGUACCUUGGACGUACCCAUCUCAGGUUGGCUCGCUCUCGCUGGGCGUGGGAGGGGGGCCUCUCUCUCUCUAACUGGCACUUCAGAGACGGGGGGCACCCAGCCGGGGGCAGUCGAGCGCCUCCCAACCCGUGGCAAGGAUUCGACUUUUCGCCUUCACCUCCAUAAGGUAAGGGAAUUCCAUUCCCUGCUCUGCUCCUCAUCCUGUUCUACCCGCGCUCUCCCCUACCUCGCCUCUUUACGUCCUCCUUCACGUCGUUGGUCGUCGUCCUCCUUUUUUUUUUUCUUCACUCGGCACUCGCCCGUCGCCCUUGUCUGAAAAGCCUCCUCCCUCAAUCUCUCUCACUCUCGCUCGGCCUCUAAACGCAUUGCAUCACCCUGCAGCAUAUCGCGACACCGUGCCGAUCGCUCACCGAGAAGGGCCUUCGCCGUGGGCACCGACCGCCUGCCUUGUCACACACGCCCCUGGCAACGCGCCCUCGUCGUCUCCUUGCUCGUCGUCCGUCCCUUCAGGCGAAGACAGCAUCGUCCUCUUAUCUGCUCGACGUCGUCUCCAUAUCAGCCAGCCCACACCCUCGGGGCCUCGUUCUGCAGUACCCCAGAAUCGUCUCAGCCGCCCGCCUAUCUAUCCGCAUCAUCGACGUUCGUUAUCGCUGGCCCCCCUCCCUUCCUCCCCGGACACCAACAAGCCUGUCCCCGGUCUGUCUUCCCCGCGACUUGAGGCCCAGACGAGUCUCAGACGCGCAUUCGACGCCACUGCCUCGCACAUCUCUGUAUUUUUUUUCUCUGUUGGCCGUUGACUUUUCUUGCCUGCAUCGCCCACCGCUUCUCUUCUCGAGGCCUCACCCAUGAGUCUCUAGCCUCACUGGCUCCUCCCUGGCACUACGGCGUCUCUCCAGCGUCGGCCAGUCUCGCAGAUUUAAUCUCACGCGUCGCACAAUGGCAGCUGUCCUCACCUCCGAGUACAGCAAUCAUUUCAUCUCCUCGUCGAUGCGCCGCUCACAGUCCCAGUCGAACCUGGUCGCCGCGCCGGCCUCGUAUCGUCAGCCAAACCCCAACAUCCACAGCCAGUAUGCGAUGCCCUCCAAGUCGUACGCUGAAUCCGACCACUCCUCCGCUCCGUCGUCACCGCCCCCGGUCAUUCAGGCUGAAUCCACCGAUAUCUCCUUCUCCUCAACACCAGCCAGCAACCUCUCCAUAGCCUCCGAGUAUGACGAGGCUCUCGCCUUCGACGAAACAUCUGAUGACCACUUUAACCCGCCCCUCUUAUCCCAAGACAAGUUCUUCCUGCCGCCGACUAUACAACACGACGAUAACCUCGAGCCGCCUCCGAGUCCCAAGACCGGGGACUCGUAUACGGUGUCUCCGGCAGAGCCCGACACCUCGGGAGUAGCCUCGGGUCCCGACACGCCCGAGUGCCCGGAACAUGCCGAGGAUGACAGUGCCGUCUCAAGUAAACCUUCGCGACAGGUGGACUACCUAUCUCACGAGUGGAAGGAGGAGGACAUAUGGUCUUCGUGGCGGUACAUAAUAUCAAAACGAGAUGAGUUUCCCAACAGCAAGCGCUUGGAGAAUGCCUCUUGGAGGACGUGGAUGAAGGCCAAGAAUAAGCUGAAGACGAUUUCGCCCGAGGAGCUAAAUUGGCUCAAGGAUUGCGACGUCACAUGGCUCUAUGGGCCCCUGCAAUCUGGAUCAAACCGCCUAAACCCGACUCAGACAGAGCCAUCGAGCUCGACCCUAUCUAAGUCGGAGUCUCUGGUUAACCUCAACAAAAAGCCUAUCCUCAAGAAGCGGAGCAUGUCGGAGCUCAUGCUACAGAGGUCCAUCACGGCUGCAUCACUCCUCAAGCAGGCCACGGCUGCAGUUCAGGCUCAGGAAACAAGGAAAAGCGCACUGCGGCCCAACAUAUCGCGCGCCAACACGGAUUGCUACGUCACCUAUCCUUUGUCCACGAGAAGGCUGAGCCAGGGAAACAACAGCUCCGUGGCCCAGUCAACUGACUCGUCUGGGAUGUCUUCCCCGUUCCCUGAGCGGAAGCAUAUUCAUUUCAAUGAGCAGGUGGAACAAUGCAUCGCCGUCGAGGUCAAGGGCGACGAGGAUGACGAUGUUGACAUGGAUCGUUACGACGAAGGCAGCGACUCGGACGAUGGCGGCGUCAUGAUGAAGCGUGUCAAGGCUAAGAAGCGAGGCCCGUCAUCGAAGAGGAAAACGAAGAAGGUCGUUCAGCCAGAAGGGAAGACCAUUGCCAAGCUACCCUCGACGACGCUCAAGUAUCGGGAGGACACUCCAGAGCUGGACAGUGCCAUGAAGCACAGCACUGGAGUCUACCGCAGUCCCAUACUCUCGCCGUCUUCCUCUCAGGAGACCCUACGGCCCACCAAGCAACCCUCCGACUUCUACUUUGGCGAGGAGGAUGACGACAUGGAAGAUGCUCCUGACGCCAGUGCAUUCGGUUGGCGAUCACCUCCCGGCAACGGUUUAUCCCGGUCCACGUCCACGGGGAGCCUGUGCGACGAGCCAGUUGGGAUGCGCCGGACGCCCUCUGGCAUGUUCAUGCCGUGCGAGGAAGGAGAUCCAUCUGCCGGAGACGGCAUUUUGGGUCGUGUCAUCGACACUGUCAAUACGGCACGAGACAUUGCGCAUGUCAUCUGGAAUGUCGGCUGGAGGAAGUAACCUUGCCAACGAGGGGAACCUACGCCAGCUUGCCUGCAGAACAGCAAUGUAUCACCCGCGUCGUGCUACGUCGUACAAGAUCAUAUGUGCGCCCGACGUGUUACUACCUACCUGGAGGGACAGCGUGCCAUUAUGCAUGGUCGGUGCGGCGGAGCGACCUUGAUCGCCAGCCUUGCCUGCCAACGCGGGGCUCACCAGUGCAGUACAGUAUACUGUACACCUGGCUAUCCUGCAAUCCCAGGUGCUACAAGACCUCUUACACCGCCACAAGGGGCUCAAGUCCCCGGCCUCGGGCGCGCCAAUGAGCCGGUACGGGCGGGACGAGGCACAUGAACCGGCCGCACACGUCGGGGUGCAGGUGUUCCCAGAUUCCGCCGGGGGGGUGGAUUGACUCCAACAAGGGAAGUCACGAGGUCUGCUGACCUUGCCUGCAUGGGGGAGGGGAGGGUUCCUGGUCACGUCUCAGACGUGCUCGAGUCCACAUCUGGACAGCGCGCGCGACCUCGCAUAUUUUAACGGCCUCACGACUUUCUGCUUUUUCUGUUCAUACUGUAUAUUGCCUUUUUGAAGGCUUGUCUUUUAUGCAGAGCAUUGCGGGUGGUUUGUGUAUUUUGUUCUUGUUGUUUUCAACUCUUUGAAUACUUACAGCAUGGGGCGGCAGAGGAAAUCCGGUACAGCGGCGGAUCGAAAGAUACGUACUACUACUACGACUCUGCGGGGGGAGGAUUGGUAGCGUGGGAGGCGAGGGCGACGAGUAGGAGGGGCUGUAUCUUGCGAGCACGGUUGGGCGUUCCUGGCGGGAUCUGAUGAGGACGGGGCGGGCGGCUGUUUCCCCUCCCCCGUUCGACGGCAUCGCACGUCUUUUUUCGCGUUUGUUGUUUUGGGCCUGCGUUAUCUGUAUCCUCCUGUUUCUGCUGUUUGUUUGGGAAGGAAAAGUUGUCCGAGCCGGCUUGCUAUACUAUCUUGGGGUUUUUUUUCGUUUCCUUGUUUGCUCCGAGGGCAUGCAUGGCCGGGGCGAAGGUUCGGGAACCGGGGGGACAGCAGGCCUCCGAUGCACGCAUGGGCGCUCACUCAGUCAGGCAGAGUAUCCAUUCGUACUACAUGGCGCGUCGCGGCGGGGAGGGUGGCGAACACAACAUCACGAGGUGAUACAGAAAAAAGACAAAAGGCAAUGACAUACAGUACACACACACACACACAUGGC